UGGGUGCAUCCCUGUCCGGUGUCCAGGGAGACCGCAGGUAACGUGGAAUUUGGGCCUCUAACAAAAAAAUUCGGCCUUUUGGGCCACCUUUCUGUUCUAUUUUCUAGCCAUCUUUCUGCUCUAUUUUCCACCAAUCAUUUGGAUUCCCACUCGAUAGAACCAGCAUUCUCAACGGCCAUGAAACACCACCUCAAUCUCCACCAACCACCACCUCACUUGAUUCAUCACUUUCUUUCUCCUGAAAUGUUCCAAAACCAGACUCUCUUUUGUCUAAUUCCAAUCCUCUUGAACUAAAGAUGUCCAUUUGUGUACCCUUCAGUGGUUUCACACUCCACUCACCAAAGGGUCAAAGCUUCAAUAGGCUUUUAGCUUCUCAUUUCAUCAAUCAAGUUCAGGUAAACUCCUCAAUCCCAUAUGGGCUUUCAUUAUCUUCUCUUAAUUUAUCUGAACCCUCUAAAGUAAGAAGAAAAUGGCUCAAACCCAUUUCAGCUUUAACCUCCCCAACUGUUGAAACCACCAAAACCUCUUUCAGAAGCAAAAACCCAAAAGAUAUCAAUGUUUUGGUGGUGGGUUCAACUGGGUAUAUUGGGAAAUUUGUGGUUAAAGAGUUAGUUAAUAGAGGGUUUAAUGUUAUAGCUGUUGCUCGGGAGAGGAGUGGAAUUAAGGGUAGAUAUAAGAGAGAAGACACCUUAGAACAGUUGAAUGGGGCAAAUGUUUGCUUUUCAGAUGUGACCCAUUUGGAUUCUUUUGAAAAGAGUUUGGAGAAUUUGGGGGUUUCCAUUGAUGUUGUUGUUUCAUGCCUUGCUAGCCGCAGUGGCGGUGUUAAAGACUCAUGGAAGAUUGAUUAUGAGGCAACAAAAAAUAGCCUUGUUGGCGGUAGGAAUCAUGGGGCUUCACAUUUUGUUUUGUUAUCUGCAAUCUGUGUGCAAAAGCCCCUUCUUGAAUUUCAACGCGCAAAGUUGAAGUUUGAGGCUGAAUUGAUUAAAGAAGCUGAAGAAAAUGAUGGGUUUACUUACAGUAUUGUGAGGCCAACGGCGUUUUUCAAAAGUUUGGGAGGACAGAUUGAAUUGGUGAAAGAUGGGAAGCCUUAUGUGAUGUUUGGUGACGGGAAGUUGUGUGCUUGCAAACCGAUCAGUGAGCCGGAUUUGGCCAAGUUCAUUGCAGAUUGUGUUUUGAGUGAGGAUAAGAUCAACCAGGUUUUGCCCAUUGGUGGACCAGGGAAGGCAUUGACACCAUUGCAGCAAGGGGAGAUUCUAUUUCGACUUGUGGGUAAAAAACCCAAUUUUAUAAAAGUGCCGAUUGAAAUAAUGGAUUUCGCAAUUGGAGUUCUUGAUUUCCUUGUUAAGUUUUUCCCUUCUAUGGAGGAUGCGGCUGAGUUUGGUAAAAUCGGUAGGUACUAUGCAGCUGAGAGCAUGUUGGUUUUGGAUCCUGAGACUGGAGAAUAUUGUGCAGAGAAAACACCGAGUUAUGGGAAGGACACAUUGGAAGAAUUCUUUGAGAGGGUACUCAGAGAAGGAAUGGCUGGUCAGGAAUUAGGGGAACAAACAAUCUUCUAGUGUUCAUACUGAGGGGCAAACUUUGUAAAUUGGAGUACUCCAUUGAAGUACCAGUUUUGGUCCACCGGGUAAUUUAAGGUGUGUAGUUCUUUUGUCUUGUAAUGGGUCUUUUAGAAGCUGCAAAUUGAUAUGCAUUUUUGAGAAAAAAAUUUGCAUCUUUCAAAGGUUAAUUUAUGAUUUGAAUGCCAA